AUGGAAGCCAUUUUCCGGCUUCAUUUAGCAUCUUUGCUGCUAAUCACUAAUCGAUUAGAAAUUGUGCUAUCCAUUGGUUUUGCCGAAGAGUUGUACUGUGGUCUUGAAAAUUGUUACGAUGUGCUGGGGAUAAAUCGCGAGGAGUUCGACAGGACGACAGUAUCGAAGAUCUACCGUGCGUUGGCGAAGAAGCACCAUCCAGAUCGAGUGAAGGACCAGGUGGCUAAGACAGAGGCAGAAGCUCGCUUCCGGGUGAUAGCAACUGCUUAUGAGACUUUGAAGGACGAACAAACGCGUUCAGAUUACGACUAUUACCUGGAUCAUCCAGAAGAAAGACUCUACAAUUAUUAUCAGUACUACCGUCGGAAGGUCAUACCCAAGGUAGACGUUCGAUUGGUGAUCCUGGGAACCAUUUUGUCCAUCUCCUUAUUCCAGUACUACAGUGCUAAGCAGAAGUACGCUGAAGCAAUAGCAUACGCUAUGACUGUUGGAAAAUUUCGAAACAUGGCCAUAAACGCUGGAUUGGAAAGGAAGGUUCUUGAGGUUGACAACAAAGGCAAGUUAAAGAAAAAUAAAGGAAAAAACAAUGAGGAUAUAAUAAGAAGUAUCAUCGAGGAGAACAUGGACGUCAGAGGUGGUUACAAGAAGGAAUCCAUCUAUGACACUCUCCUAUGGCACUGCAUAAAGUUCCCAUAUACCCUGUUUUCCUGCGUUUGUUGGUAUGCCAGGUGGAUAAUCAAGUACUGGAUACGAGGAGAAGAGUACGACAAUGAUGCGAAAUUGUACUUCGUAAGGAAAUAUCUGGGUCUUAGCGAGAAUCAAUUCAAUUGCAUGGCAGAUGAAGAACACCAGGACAUGUUAGCUCAGGAGUUGUGGAUCCAAGAUAAUUUCAAACGGUGGAAGGCUGAAAAGGAUGCAAAGGAACAGGAAAAACUUGUUCAGAGUGGCAGGUACAAGAGGUAUAAACGGUUUAUGAAAAAUAACGCCGGGACCAUCUCAUUUUUGGAUGAAGACUGA